GUUAAUCAAUUGGUGACCUUGUUUUGUGGCAUUUGGAGGGUUGCCCUGGAGAAGAAAACAGAACAAUAUAGGAACGUGCUCUAGUCUGUCUCUGGUAUUCACUCCGUAAUUUUCUUACAUACAUUUGAGAGAAAAAAUAUUUGUAGAACUUCGUCAGCAUGGCAGAGUGGAAACAAAAGCUUUUUGGCUGUUUCAAUAAUUUUGGCAUCUGUAUCGUCACGUAUUUCGUGCCGUGUCUCACAGCCGGUAAAAAUGCCGAAGCCGUUGGAGAAUCCUGCGGGUUGUAUGGGUGCCUGAGCAUCCUCGGUCCUGUUGGGAUUUACACUCGGGCUAAGAUCAGAGAGAAGAUCAGAGAAAAGCAAGGAAUAGAGGGAGAUUUCGUCAAUGAUUGUUUGAUGCACUGGUUUUGCGGACUGUGUGCCCUGGUACAGGAAGCACAGGUGGGUACUGGAGUGCUUUCCUUAAACAAAUAAGAGGACCAAUUAUAC